CGUUGACUCUACCUUCUAUUGUCUUUCUAAAACCCUAACCUCACAAAACCCUAAUUCUCGCUAACGAUUAAGACUGCAAGCUUUGUUUUUUGACUUUCAUCAUGGCAACCAGGCUUCAGUUUGAGAACUCGUGCGAAGUUGGGGUGUUCUCCAAGCUCACCAAUGCGUAUUGUUUGGUUGCGAUCGGUGGUUCCGAAAGCUUUUACAGUGUGUUUGAAUCAGAGUUGGCUGAUGUUAUCCCCGUGGUUAAAACCUCGAUUGGUGGUACGAGAAUUAUUGGUCGGCUUUGUGCUGGAAACAAAAAAGGGCUUCUCUUGCCACACACCACCACGGACCAAGAACUUCAACAUCUGAGGAACAGCCUCCCUGAUCAAGUUGUUGUUCAGCGUAUAGAAGAGAAGCUAUCUGCUCUAGGAAAUUGCAUAGCUUGCAAUGACCAUGUUGCUCUUGCACACACUGAUCUUGACAGGGAAACUGAGGAGAUGGUUGCAGAUGUUCUUGGAGUAGAAGUUUUUAGGCAGACCAUUGCUGGUAACAUUCUUGUUGGUAGCUACUGCACCUUUUCCAACAGAGGUGGCUUGGUCCAUCCCCAUACAUCCAUUGAAGACUUGGAUGAACUUUCAACACUCCUUCAGGUCCCUUUGGUGGCUGGGACAGUGAAUCGCGGUAGUGAAGUGAUAGCUGCAGGGAUGACUGUUAAUGACUGGACAGCAUUCUGUGGAUCAGACACUACGGCAACAGAACUAUCUGUCAUCGAGAGCGUCUUCAAAUUGAGGGAGGCCCAACCUAGUGCCAUUGUGGAUGAGAUGAGGAAAUCGUUGAUUGACAGCUAUGUCUGAAUUUCUUUUUAUAUUUAUGUUAUUAUUUUGGGGUAUGAAUGCAACAAAAUCUAUGCUGUUCUUGUGUGUAUAAAUGCCACCAAUCAUGUCCUGUUAAUUUAAACAUGCCUAGUUUGCCAAGUUUUGUGUCUCAAUACUUUUGUUCCAAUCUGAAGCAAACAACUUUUGGAUCGGUGCAUUAUAUUGCCGUUUAAUGUAAUGUUUGUUUACUAUUAUUUGCUGAAAAUCAA